AUGGCUGGUUACCUGCGGGUCGUACGCUCGCUCUGCAGAGCCUCUGGCUCCGGGUCGGCCUGGGCGCCAGCAGCCUUGACAGCCCCCAACUUGCAAGAGCAGCCGCGGCGCCACUAUGCCGACAAGAGGAUCAAGGUGGCGAAGCCAGUGGUGGAGAUGGAUGGCGAUGAGAUGACCCGUAUUAUCUGGCAGUUCAUCAAGGAGAAGCUCAUCCUGCCCCACGUGGACGUCCAGCUCAAGUAUUUCGACCUGGGGCUCCCGAACCGUGACCAGACCAAUGAUCAGGUCACCAUCGACUCCGCGUUGGCCACCCAGAAGUACAGUGUGGCUGUGAAGUGUGCCACCAUCACCCCCGAUGAGGCCCGUGUGGAAGAGUUCAAGCUGAAGAAGAUGUGGAAGAGCCCCAAUGGAACCAUCCGGAACAUCCUCGGGGGAACUGUCUUCCGGGAGCCCAUCAUCUGUAAGAACAUCCCGCGUCUCGUCCCUGGCUGGACCAAGCCCAUCACCAUUGGCAGGCAUGCCCACGGCGACCAGUACAAGGCCACAGACUUUGUGGUUGACCGGGCUGGCACAUUCAAGGUGGUCUUCACCCCGAAGGAUGGCAGCGGCCCUAAGGAAUGGGAGGUGUACAACUUUCCUGCUGGUGGCGUGGGCAUGGGCAUGUACAACACGGAUGAGUCCAUCUCAGGUUUUGCACACAGCUGCUUCCAGUAUGCCAUCCAGAAGAAGUGGCCGCUCUACAUGAGCACGAAGAACACCAUCCUAAAAGCCUACGACGGGCGCUUCAAGGACAUCUUUCAGGCCAUCUUUGAGAAGCACUACAAGACUGAGUUCGACAAACAUAAGAUCUGGUAUGAGCACCGGCUCAUUGAUGACAUGGUGGCUCAGGUCCUCAAGUCUUCGGGCGGCUUUGUGUGGGCCUGCAAGAACUAUGACGGAGACGUGCAGUCGGACAUCCUGGCCCAGGGCUUUGGCUCCCUUGGUCUGAUGACAUCUGUGCUGGUCUGCCCAGAUGGGAAGACCAUUGAGGCUGAGGCUGCUCAUGGCACAGUCACCCGCCACUAUCGGGAGCACCAGAAGGGCCGGCCAACUAGCACCAACCCCAUCGCCAGCAUCUUUGCUUGGACGCGUGGCCUGGAACACCGGGGCAAGUUGGACGGGAACCAGGACCUCAUCAAGUUCGCCCAGACCCUGGAGAAGGUGUGUGUCGAGACGGUGGAGAGUGGAGCCAUGACCAAGGACCUGGCAGGCUGCAUCCACGGCCUCAGCAAUGUGAAGCUGAACGAGCACUUCCUGAACACCUCGGACUUCCUGGACACCAUCAAGAGCAACCUGGACAAAGCUCUGGGCCAGCAGUAG